AUGCGGAAGGGCGCCGCAGGGUCCCGCCCCGCGGCCGCGGGUUCGGGGCCCGGCCCGGUCCCGGUCCCGGUCCCGGUCCCGGUCGCGGUGGCCGCUGCCGGGCUCCCCCGGCCCCGCCGCUGCCCGCGGCCGCUGCUGCCGCUGCUGGCGCUGGCGGCCGCCGCCGGGCUCCUCUACAGCGCCUGGCCCCGGGGGGAGCGGGACCGCGGCCCGCUCCCCCCCUCCGUGCCCCCCCCCUCCUCGGACCGGUCCCUGCGGCAGCUCCUGGAGCGCUUGGAUCCAUCCCGGCUCCAGCAGCGCUUCCUGAGGCCCUUCCUGCGGGAGCGGGUGCCGGGGGCGGGGAGCCGCGCCGUGCGCCAGCACAUCACCGCCUGCCUGGAGGCGCUGGGCUGGCACGUGGAGCUCGACGCCUUCACCGCGGCCACGCCACGGGGCCCCGUCCCCUUCACCAACGUGGUGGCCACGGCGGCCCCCGGCGCCGCGCGGCGCCUGGCCCUCGCCUGCCACUACGACACCAAGGUGCUGCCGGCGGCCGCCCCCUUCGUGGGCGCCGUGGACUCGGCUGCGCCCUGCGCCGCCAUCCUCGAGCUGGCGGCAGCGCUCGAGCGGCCCCUGCGCCGCGCCCGGGAUGAGGGCGCCGAGGCCACGCUGCAGCUCCUCUUCCUGGAUGGGGAGGAGGCCUUCGAGGCCUGGAGCGCCACCGAUUCCCUGUACGGGGCCCGGCACCUGGCGGCGCGCAUGGCAGCCACGCGGCACCGCGGCGGCCCCGGCACCCAGCUCAGCGCCAUCAGCCUGCUGGUGCUGCUGGACCUGUUGGGCGCUCGGGACCCCGCCAUCCACAGCCACUUCCCAAGCACCCACCACUGGUUCCUGCGCCUCGUCCACAUCGAGCAGCGGCUGCGGCGCCUGGGGCUGCUCCACGCCACCCCCCAGGACCCCCCCUUCUUCCGCCUCAGCCCGGCCCCGGGGCCUGUGGAGGACGAUCACAUCCCCUUCCUGCAGAGAGGGGUGCCGGUGCUGCACCUGAUCCCGCUGCCCUUCCCGCCGGCCUGGCACACCCCCGACGACACGGAGCGGAACCUGCACCCGCCGACCCUGGUGGAUCUCACCCGCAUCCUGCUCGUCUUCGUGGCGGAAUUCCUGCACCUCUGAGCCCCCCGCCCCU